UUCUUUCUUCAAUGAAAAGUUGGUGGAUUUGAAAAUUAUCUUAAAAAUUGGUUUUUCAGCAAAAGAACUUAGCAUAAAGUGGCAGAAAAGCUUUAUAAGAGCUCAAUACACGAAUUAUUAAACAUAACUUGUUGACAAACCGGAAAGAACAUCAACGAAAUUUAUAUUAUUGGAAUCUGAUGUGUAAUUGGAUGAUUAUAGCAUACUACACUGCAACAAAGACACUAAUAAAUAAAAACAUUAAUUCCAAGAAAAUGUCGAGCGAAUGUUGUAUUUGCAGUGAAUUGUUGUUAAAAGCAGGUUUAAAGGUAUCCAGUACACCAUGUGGGCACGUCUAUCAUACACAAUGCCUUAAAGAUUGGACAGAAAAGAACAACAAUAAGGGAAUUUGCCCAGUAUGUCGUUCAAAUUUCGAUCCAAGCAAGACAGUUCCAUUACACUCGUUAGACGACAAUGAAACAAAGGCAAUAGACGCAAUUUAUGAUUAUGUGAAACAAUUAGAAAAGCGAGAUGCUGAAUCGCGUAGCAUUUUGGAGCUUGUUAUGGAUUCCGUAAAUAAUUUGACUACGAUAGUAACCGAUAUUAAGAAUGAUAAUGCUGAAUUAAAGCAAAAAAUCGUUAGAAUGGAAGAGGAAGGAUUUCUUGGUGGAAAUCCAGCAGUUGAUCAAUUAAAGGCCAAAGAUGGAGUUAUUGUCGGUCUAAAGAAGGAAAUACAGGACUUGAAGAGUCAACGAGCAGAAGCAGCCAAGCAAAUGCUUGAAAUACAACAGCAAAUUGGUGAUUUAAAGAGAAAGAAUGCAAUGUCCAGAGACGAUCGUGCCUUACACAAUUCAACUAACGAGAACCAGCCACCAAAGCCAAUCACUUUAUCCUUAAAAUUUGAUGACAUCUCGGACCGAAUGAUUCUUGGAGAUUUCUAAAUGCUGCAUUUUUCUUAUGUCUUAUGACAUUAAUCAGUAAGAUUGCAAGUGGAAUUAAUAAUCUGAAAUGCCUCUGUGCUUAUAAAAUCAAAAUUGUGAUCCCAAAAAAAAAAUUAAGUUUUAAUCUGCAUUUCUGGAGCCAUAUAAUAUGAAUGACUCAUUACAGUAAUGAGCUCACAGUUUAUUACUUUUCUAUAGUUUUUCACGGACAAAAUGAAGUCAUCUUCAUAUUUUUAUCUAUUUUUGUAUCUUCCUCAAUUAAAAAUGAAGUUUCUGAAUAA